AUGGCUGUCGAUAGCUUUCGCAAGAUAUGGUCUCACAACCUGAAGACAUUUCGCGAUCACUAUGUUUCGGAGAUCUCUGGCUGUCUCGGGGAUCUGGGGACCUUUCUGCCCAUCGCCAUCGCCCUGGCUGUCAAUGGAACUAUCUCGUUGUCAAGCACACUGAUCUUUUCAGGUAUCUUCAACAUCUUGACUGGUCUCUUUUUUGGCAUUCCACUGCCUGUACAGCCGAUGAAGGCCAUUGCCGCUGUGGCCAUCGCUCGAUCUUUUAGCAACGGAACCAUCGCUGCCGCAGGGAUUUUCGUUGGCGCAUGCGUCUUCGUGUUUAGCGUGACGGGCCUCCUCCAUUGGUUUGCCGAGGUCAUUCCCAUCCCGGUGAUUAAAGGCAUUCAAGUUGGAGCCGGAUUGUCUCUGGUGAUUGCGUCAGCCAAUAACACACUUUCGACGCUAGGAUGGAUCCAUCCUUCCUGGGCCGAUAACCGGCUAUGGGCCAUCGCGGCGUUCGUCUGCCUGCUCUUGACCAAUAUCUAUCGACGUGUGCCUUAUGCGCUAAUUGUAUUUGCGCUGGGUCUUACUUUCGCGAUCAUCCGCUCGGCACUCGAAUUCGAGUUACCCUCCCUUGAGAUCUGGCACCCCUUUGUUGUGGUUCCGGGACCCAUCGAAUGGAAGGUCGGGGCGUUGGACGCGGGAAUUGGCCAGAUCCCUCUGACAACGCUCAACUCAAUUGUGGCAGUCGUGCAUUUGGCAGGUGAUCUGCUACCCAGGAUCAAGACGCCAUCCAUUACGGCCAUUGGGCUGAGCGUUGCUGGGAUGAACCUCGUGGGUUGCUGGUUCGGUGCCAUGCCAGUGUGCCAUGGCUCUGGCGGACUGGCUGCGCAAUACCGGUUUGGCGCUCGGUCCGGCUCAAGCGUCAUAUUUCUGGGCAUCCUGAAGUUACUCAUCGGUAUCUUCUUUGGCGAAACCCUGGUUGGGCUGUUGGGGCGAUUUCCUUCCGCGCUGCUGGGGGUGAUGGUUAUCGCUGCGGGGUUAGAGCUGGUCAGCGCCGGGGAGAGUCUAAAUACAACCGGUGCCAGGGAUAUCGCCCGCGUGGGAGAGGGCCUCACCGGGGAUGGCGAGCAGGAAAUUGGGCCAAUGUUGAGCGACAUCGAGCGGAAGCGGCGGUGGACCGUAAUGAUGGUGACCGUGGGCUUGUUAGUUGGGUUCAAAAAUGAUGCCAUCGGUUUUGUGGCGGGCAUGCUGUGCCACUGGGUUCUGCAGCUCCCUUGGAUUUUGGACCGAGCACGAGACCGGUGGAGUGAAGGAAGGAUCCGAGUAUGA